UUGACUGGCAAUUAGUGUUAACUCUAGAGAGGAGUUAUGUAUUAAAUGCUAUGCUUUUGUGAAAACUAUUAUUAUUAUUGAGUCCCAGAUAUGAGUCACUAAAGCAGUCAUUGAAGUAAAUGUUUUGAGUUUUGAAUACAAUUUUACAUAACAUUUGUUAACAAACUUAAAGUUAACUUUUGUUAUGAAAUACUUUUAAAGUUAUGAAAUCAAAGUUAAAGUAAACAAACAAUAACUCAAACAUUGUUUUUGACAUUUGAUUAUCACAUGAAAUUGAUCCCAAAGUUAUUGAAAUUAUGAUCAUUUGUUAUAGUCAUUAGUGUCUCAACAAUGAAAUAUUUAUCAAUUGUUGUGUUUGUCGGCCACUUGUUGUCCAUCGGUAUGAGUCAGACACAGUUGACUUCAUGUGAUUACCAGAAAUAUACGGUAAACGGAUGUGAGGACGAAAUGGGCGCCGACUGUGACCAGACAUCACAGAUGUGUCGCUGUAAACCUGGCAACUGGUAUGUCAUCGACAAGAGGUUCUGCUUUCCUCAACAGUGCCCUAAACAUCAAUAUUAUGACCACAACUUUGGCCGAUGCGAACCGCAACGGGUGGGUAGUCUUAACUCGGAACUCAAUUACUGUAGAUAUGAUUUCCAUUGCAAAGGUGAACACGUCCGGUGCCUACACACGAAUGAGUGGAACUACCGGUGCGUUUGUGAUCAAGGAUUCACAUAUGACAGCAACACUCAAGAGUGUCAAUUGAUUCGUGGUUUUAAUGGUUUUUGUGUGAAAGACAUUGACUGUAAUUUGAAUGAAACGAGAAAUUUGAUUUGUGUGGACAAGUCGUGUCAAUGCUCUCAAGGAUUCACUUAUAGUUACGACAUCGAUGGUUGUGAAGACAACGAGCACAUCAAAGAAAGGGAUAGUCAGGCCCGCAAAAUGAUAUAUCUAUUUAUAGGUUUGGGUUUAUUUUUCGGGACAGCUCUGUCGCUAAAGUUUGGCACCAACUCUGGUCCGGCGACACAACAAUUACUACUCAAACGUCUUGUAGAGCAGCGACAGAAACAACACGAACAACAACUUCAUAAAACUAACGAAGAGACGGAGUCUUUUGCUACUGAUAUUGAAUCUAAUGCCACAAGUGAUGGUCCGAUCAAUAGUCGCGAGACUGCGUGAAGAUUACAUUUUAUAUACAUAUCAUGUCUUCUCAUUUUUCCAAAUCUCAUAUAUAAUAUAUUGACUGAAAUAUUGUUUUGUUUUCAUUGAAAAUAUUGUUUAUAAUUAUUUUUUUUAUUAAUCAUUUUAUAUUAACUAUACUUAAUGUUAUCUUUUUAU